AUGGCCCAAGCGCUUGUUAUUGAUAUUGGAUCUGGAGUGGUGAAGUCGGGAUUUGCAGGAGAUGAUGCACCAAGGGCAGUGUUUCCGAGUAUAGUUGGAAGGCCGAAGCACAAAGGAGUGAUGGUUGGAAUGGGGCAGAAGGAUGCAUAUGUUGGAGACGAGGCACAGACGAAGCGAGGGAUUCUGCAGAUAAAGUAUCCUAUUGAGCACGGAAUAGUCAAUGAUUGGGAUGACAUGGAGAAGAUAUGGCACCACACGUUCUACAAUGAACUGAGAGUGGCACCUGAAGAGCAUCCUGUGCUGCUUACUGAAGCGCCACUGAAUCCGAAGGCAAAUCGGGAGAAGAUUACACAGAUUAUGUUUGAGACAUUCAAUGUGCCGUCAUUCUACAUUUCGAUCCAAGCUGUUUUGUCGUUGUAUGCAAGUGGAAGAACGACGGGGAUAGUGUUUGAUUCUGGGGAUGGAGUGUCACAUGUUGUUCCGAUAUAUGAAGGGUAUUCGCUUCCGUAUGCAAUUAGCAGGAUUGACCUUGCAGGAAGGGACCUGACGGAUUAUCUGCAGCUGAUUCUGACUGAGAGUGGAAAUUCGUUUACAACUACUGCAGAGAGGGAGAUAGUGAGGGACAUUAAGGAAAAGCUGUGCUAUGUGUCGUUAAACUACGAGGAGGACAUGAGGAAUACGGAGCACUUGGCGUCGAUAACAAAGACCUAUGAGAUGCCUGAUGGGCAAGUGAUAUCGAUUGGCAACGAGCGAUUCCGAGCGCCUGAGCUUUUGUUCCAACCGAAACUUACUGGGAGAGAGUUGAAGGGGAUCCACCAGACGAUCUAUGACUCGAUUAUGAAGUGUGAUGUGGACAUAAGGAAGGAGCUGUAUGGGAACAUUGUUCUUUCUGGAGGAACAACGAUGUAUCCGGGGCUUGCAGAGAGAAUUCAUAACGAGAUUAAGUCGCUUGCACCGCCCACGAUCAAGCUUGGGGUGGUUGCGCCGCCAGAGAGAAAGUACAGUGUGUGGAUAGGAGGAUCGAUAUUGGCAUCACUGUCUACAUUCCAGCAGAUGUGGGUCACAAAGGCCGAGUAUCAGGAAUCUGGGCCAUCGAUUGUUCACAGGAAGUGCGUCUGA